GAUUCAGUAUAAAUUUACAGUUUGAAAGUUAAUCGAAAGCCAAUAAAGUAUCAUUCAUCAUCAACUCAGUGAACAUUGUAACUCUGAUGUACUUGCAAUAUCAAGUGUGACACAAUGAGAACCUACGUAGCAAUCCAAAUCUUUAUCGUCCUCAUAUUUUCUACAAUGAUAUCUUGUACAACAACAGAAGAAUACUGGAAGAACAGGGCGAUACUGAUGAAGAAAGACAGAAGACACGCGUUGGGUAGCAGUUUGAAGUUGACCAAAGAAGAACAAAAAGUUAAUGGCAUCCUCAUGAAUUACAAACUCCGUGAAUUCGACGAAGGAUUCCAAAAUCCGGAAAGUUUUCUUGCUGCGAAGCAUUUCUUCGAAGCUAAGGAAGGAAUUGAGCAGUCCAAAGUAUUCAAAUUGAUCAAGAAGAUUCCUAAAGGAGCUUCUCUGCAUUCUCAUGACUUAGCUCUUGCAUCCAAUGAAUUCCUUUACAACUUAACAUUCAGAGAUAACCUCUAUAGUUGUGUGGUGAAUGGUGAACUCAAGUUACACUUUUUCAGUGCUGACAAAGUUAACAAAUUUUGCAAUUGGAGUUUGGUGAAUGACAUGAGGAAACAAGACCCCAAUUUCGAUAAUUUCCUACGGUCCAAAUUGACUCUAAUAUGUGAUAAUCCAAGUGAAAAGUAUCGUGACCUAAGAACAGUCUGGAAGUCAUUUACAAAUAUUUUUCUAGCGAUUGAAAAUUUGAUUGCAUACUACCCUGUUUGGCAGGAUUAUUUUUACCAAGCUCUAAAGGAACUUCACGAAGAUAACGUGAAAUAUUUGGAAUUCAGAGGAUAUAUACCAGAAGUUUACGAUCUGAAUGGACAUACUUAUGAUGCUGUUGAAGUGGUGAAAAUGUAUCACGAUACUUUGGAUAAAUUCAAAAGAGAUUAUCCUGACUUCAUUGGAGCUAAAUUUAUUUACGCUCCUCAUAGAUCGGCCACUAAUAAUACGAUGCAGCAGUAUAUCUAUACAUUCAGGAGGAUAAAGAAGAGAUUUCCUGAUUUUGUUGCUGGAUUUGAUUUAGUUGGAGAAGAAGAUUUGGGAGAACCUCUGAGCUCCUUCGUACCCCAACUCCUAGAACUGAAGUCAAACUACGGAGCGAACUUCUUCUUCCAUGCUGGCGAGACUAACUGGUACGAUGAGUCAACGGAUCUGAACCUUCUCGAUGCGAUCUUAUUGAACACAACUCGAAUAGGUCACGGUUUUGCCGCCUUGAAACACCCUCUUCUGCUGAGAGAGAUAAAAGAAAGGGAGAUUGCAAUAGAGAUAUGUCCCAUUUCUAAUCAAGUCCUCAAGUUGGUUGAUGAUUUGAGAAACCAUCCAGGAUCGAUUAUGAUUGCCAAUAAUGAUCCUAUAGUGAUUGCACCAGAUGACCCAUCAUUUUGGGGAGCCAAGGGACUGAGCUACGAUUGGUACCUAGCUUUCAUGGGGAUGUCAGGAAGAGAAAGCGAUUUGAGAUUCUUGAAGCAGUUGGCAAUCAAUUCAAUCAGAUAUAGUAGUAUGGAGGACCAUGAAAAAUCUGAGGCUUUGGAAAAAUGGGAAAAUGAUUGGAGUAUAUUUGUGAAGGAACAACUUUCGAACCACUGUUCUGCCAAUAAUGAAGCGAUUGGAGUUUGAGAUUUGAUACCAUUCGAUAUUGUCAUGUGUGGAAAAAAAUGUCAACAUAGAAAUCAUU